AAUUUGUUUACGGUUGUGUUUACAAACUUGGAUUUGGAUUUGGAAUUUAAAUUAAAAAAAUUUGUUAAACUCUGCACUCUGCAGCUAUAAAUACCACCAAAGCUGCAGACCAAACUUAGUCUCAGCAUAGUAAUUCAAAAUCAUUCUUUUCAAUACCAAGAAAAAAAAAAUCUCCUCCAUUUCCUAUUCCCUGAGUACCUCAGCUUUCCUCCAUGAUUAACUCUGUUCCUCCAAUAACUUUCCCUCUCAUGAUCUCUGUUCUCAAAGGUUAUUAACCCAAAAAAUUUCUUCUUCUGUGAACAACCCAAUAUCUCUUUUGAGUUUUUCACAAAUCCACAUAAUUCCUUUGCUUAAACUUUCAUAUCUUCUCUGUUUUCCUUUGCCCAUAACCUCUGGUUACCAAUUUUCAUCAUAUCUAGGGGAAAAAAGGACCAAUUUUUAGUGUCCUUGUUUCCUACACGUUGUUGUCCAACUUUUUUUUUUUUUUUUUUUUUCCUUUCUAUACUCCACUUUUCCUUGAAAACAAAGCUUUAAAUUUUGCCAUAACCAUGGAUACAAACCAAGACCAAAACAUUCCUCUUACAAACACUGAUGGUGCUGAUAUCCGAUCCUCGUUAUCUCAACUCAUAUUAACAGGCGGCACUAGCACUUUGGAUUCAAUAUUCUCUCAUUGCAGCCCAUCAAACGCUAUCACUAACCCUGUUUUUGAGCCUCUGGGUUCCUCUGUUUAUCUCCACCAGAGAGAUCUUCUACAAAAACUCUGGCAAGAAAACCGACCAAGCAGUUUGCUUAAUCAUACUUCUUUGAAUAUCCCACUUCAGAGCUCUGUAUGCACAAGCAGUUACAAAAGUCCCUGCAAGAAAAAGCUAUACAGGGGAGUGAGACAGAGACAUUGGGGCAAAUGGGUUGCUGAGAUUAGACUACCCCAGAACAGAAUGAGAGUCUGGUUGGGUACUUAUGAGACGGCAGAAGCCGCGGCUUAUGCUUAUGAUCGUGCCGCUUAUAAGCUUCGUGGCGAAUAUGCACGCUUGAAUUUCCCAAAUCUUAAGGAUCCAAGUAAGUUAGGAUUCGGAGAUUGUGCUAGAUUGAAUGCUUUGAAGAGCUCAGUUGAUGCGAAAAUUCAAGCAAUUUGUCAAAAGGUGAAAAGAGAGAAAGCUAAAAAGAAUGCAAAGAAAAGCACAGGUGGUGGCGGUGGUGAUGGUAGCAGUUCUAGUAGUAAAAUUGAGAAAAAAAUGAAGGUGGACUCAUCAUCGUCUUCGUCAUCGUUAUCGGUGCCACUGUCACCAUUGGUUUUUGGUGAUAGUUGGGGCAGUGAAUUGUUAUCACCUGCAGUUUCUGAAGAUGGGUUUUGGAGGUGUGAGAAUUCACCUUCCUCUGUUUCGACAGAGUGUCCAAUGGCAAUGGCACUGGCAGAGGAAUCAGAUUUAGAAGGCUGUUCACUGGCAAAGAUGCCUUCGUUUGAUCCCGACUUGAUCUGGGAAGUUCUUGCUGAUCAGAGGACUAUGUGUUUCGGACGCUGAAUUGUCAAAAUGCUUGCAAGUUUUGGAGGAAUUUUCUUUGAAUGUGAGGCAGGAUUUUUAAGUGUAUAUGGUGGUGAUGAGGUCCGUAGUCUGUAGGCAGAUGCUUUAAUUUCCUAGUUUCUUAUUCCAAUCUAAUGUCGAUUUGUGAGGGUUUUUUCUAGCUUAGUUAGGGGCCAUUAGGUUAUGUUUUAGCCUUCUGCUUUUUGUUUGAAGGCUUUAAGAAUUAUCUUUGAGCUAGUUACCCUCCUACACAGAGUGAUGUAAGAUUAUACUGUACGUGGUCACUUGUUAGUUAAAUCUAUUUCUAUGUUAUUUCUGUAAUAAAAGUCUUAAUAGUUUUUGUAUUAA